AUGGCGCAAAGACUUGACUUGAAACUGUCGCGGCAAGGAUUGUACAUCCACUGCCCUCGUUCCUUGGCUGCCACAGAACAAGAGGCGACAUCGCUUCACGCUGCCUCUAGCACGUCCACCAACAGGACUUCGUCGGACCGCGCGCCCAUCGAGGGCCACUUGUCAUUCACACUGCCAGUUGCGAGCAUCGUCAGCACACUCCGCGUCCGUCUGGUUGGCAUACAGAUCCCAAAAAAGGCACUGGUCAGAGAGUUCGACCAUCCGCCUCGCGCUGGAGAUGCUGGAAGGCUUGUCUUGAGUUCGCGCGCCAGACCAGCUACCGUCAUUUGUCAGACGGAUGCCCAAAUACACUACGUAUUCAUCGACAAGCCAUUGGUCAAGCCCGAAGACCAGCAUCUCAAGCUUCAAAAGGGCGAGCACAUGUGGGUUGUCAUUCUUCUUCUGACGAGCGCUCGACACGCACACAAGGCUCACGAGUCCAGCUUUCAGCUUUGCCUUUACUGUGACUCCUCCUAGAUGGGCUCCUCCGACGCAGUGCAACGACUACCAGUGGAUCACCUAUGAGGUCAUUGCUACCGUGGUCAGCAGCUCUGAUCCCAGUCCGAACGCAGCACUGGAGCCCUUAUGGACAGCGGAUCGUCAGUCAGAGCUAGACGCAAGGCAUGCGGCUGCCUCCAUCGAGGCUGUUCAGGUGCCAGCAUGCAGUCGAAGCUUCAUGUCGAGGGGCCUGAGCUGGCUGAGAGCCUCCUCCAGUGAGCAUACAUCGAGCAAGAAAUGUAGCGUGCGGCUCGGCGUCCAGUAAGUCACGCUUCCGACGAAUACAGUCCUUGCUGUGUGCGCCUCGCUUGGCUGACGUGGGCUCUGCUUGCGUUCCGGUCAGUCCUUCUACUGAAGGUCCGUCCCGACUCAACUUUUUAGACCUGAAUCUGCUGCCCUUGAUAGCACGCCCGCCCGGCUUUGGGUGUCGCGCUUCACUCGAUAGUAUCAAUGCUCGAUAUGGCGGCUGCUUCAGCCUGCGAAUACGUGUGGACCUGCAAGACACGUCUCCGAAGCCGAAUGCGCCUUGCUAUGUCCGCAUAGAACGUAUCAAUCUGCUACUUAGACAAACAUGGGCUUGGAAUGGACCAAACGUCCAUCUUGCACCUUUGAGCGUCAGGACAGGAAAGGCGCUGGAGUCGAGCCUGUGCAGGUGGACAAAUCAGUGCGCCAUCCCGGCUGAGCUUCGGCAAAUGCUGCAGCCCGGCAAACACAGCGGUCACCGCUACCAUCAUGACUUUCGGCCAGAGUGGAUGCGCCUCGCGCCUGCAGAGUACGAGCUCAACGAGAUCCCAGCUCAACCUCUGCUUGCUACGUCUUCAUCACUUCCGAUCCACGGCACGUCACAUCUGCAUCCAAGCUCAGAUGCUGGAGCAACCAGGGAGCUUUCUUCCUCAUUCGGUACACAUGGUCCACCUGAUCCUUAUCUAGACUGCGAGGCUACGCCAGCGGGGCUGGCCAGUGGCGGUAGCAGCGAGCUAUGCACGUCGGCAAGCCCAAAUGGGGAUAGCGAUUUCCACGGACGCCUCGAAGAUCUCCAAAAGUCUGGCAUCGACAGCUCACAGGCGGACCAUGCCAGAUCAGAGAGCGUGUGCGGUGGGACCUCGAUGUCUGUAUGGCUGCAAGCUCUGUUUCCGACACCCCCAUUGGAGGUCGGUGACCACAACGGCGAUCCAAAAGACCCUGCAAAGAAAUGGGAGUGGCAGCCUUCAACGCUCCAGGAGACGAGGAGCGAGAUCAGAUUUUCUCACGAGAUCGAAGCGCGUAUAGAAUGGAGACUGAUUAGCCUGGAGGACAGUGGCUCUGUCGUGGAGCACGAGCCGCAGACGGCGCUGCUCGGCAGAUCUAUUACGCUGGUGGAUGUGAGUAGCAGAGCUCUGGCGUAAGGGAGCCUAUCCGUAAUUGACCAAGUAUCCUACCUGAUCAGGAGGACAUGCGCACAGCCAAUCUGGAGCUGCCGCUGUACUCGGACGUAGUUGCAGCCGACAAAGCUGCUGCUUUGCCCACACAGCCGUCAUGA